AUGGAUCUGUUCUAUCUCGGUCGUCAGCUUAUCACUGCUUUACCAUCUGGAAAUGGCACAGAUGUCACCGAUCUGCCCAUCAAACUCCUCGAGGCAUUUGUCCCGGGUUACAGUCUCUUCGCUAAUGCUGCGCAACAAUGGCUCGGCUUUGACCUCCGUUUGAUCAUGAGCUGUAUCGCCUUCUUCUUCAUCGCCAAGAGUACCGUCGACUUUGUCUGGUCUCGUGUCUACAAGACCUUGCUGGACUACUUUACAAGCUCUGUGCACAUUGAUGGCCGUGACGACUUGUACACUACUGUUCUUGAAUGGAUUUCAGCUACACGGCCUGAUCUCUCGAAACGGUCGCUUACUGCUCGUACCCAGUAUGGGAACCAGUACGACUCGGAUGAUGAGGAAGAAGCCGAUGCAUACAUGCUCGCCAAAGUCGCCGUCGGUGAUCACGGAUACUUCAACUUUUCGAAAACUGCCUCGAGGGUUCCUCCUCGCUACGAGCCUGAUCAUGGUCAAUUCUGGUUCUCGACUCCACACGGUACUUUUCAGUUCAAAAAGAAUGAGUAUACUACUCGUGGCAGCGAUGGCCUUGAACACAUGGAGUCUUGCAUCGAUCUUAGUUGCAUUGGCCUCACCACCAAUCCGAUCAAGCUGUUGCUCAACAAUAUCAAGGCAUGGACUGUACGUAAAGAAGGUUCCAAGACCAUCAUUCGCGUACCAGCAGACGAGCGCUGGAAUGGAUGGAUGAGAAGCUCUGAGCGUCCAUCCCGCAAUCUCGACACUGUGAUCCUCGACCCAGAGCAAAAGUCACGUAUCCUGCAGGAUAUGAAUGAAUACCUGCACCCUCUGAGCUCAAAGUGGUAUGCUUCUCGUGGUAUCCCCUAUCGUCGUGGUUACUUGUUCUCUGGUCCCCCUGGAACCGGCAAGACGAGUUUGAGUUUCUCGCUUGCUGGUAUCUUUGGUCUGGAUAUCCAUAUCAUCAAUCUGAUGGAUCCUUCCAUGUCUGAGAACACUUUGUCAAAACUGUUCAACAACCUACCAAAGAGGUGUAUCGUCUUGUUUGAAGACAUUGAUGCAGCUGGUAUCAAGAAAAGAGUGGAUGAGUCGGAUUCCGAAUCUGACGCCAAGCGUGCAUAUGAUGAUAAAGAUGCAUCAAAGGCAGAGAUUGGGAAAGGCAAAAGCAAAAGCAGAGCAACCCGCCGUGCCGACUCUACCUCACCCUCACCCUCUCCCCCUCGCAAACGUCACCGCAAAUCCAAAACCUCCACCGACACCGACAACGAAUCCAAAAUCUCGCUCUCCGGUCUGCUCAACGUAAUCGACGGCGUAGCAACCCACGAAGGCCGCAUCCUCAUCAUGACAACCAAUCACCCAGAAAAGCUCGACCCGGCACUAAUCCGCGCGGGCAGAGUAGACAUGCAAAUCUCAUUUUCUUACGCCACGGCCUCGCAGAUCAGGAGUUUGUUUUUGAGAAUGUAUGCUGGAGAUAACGUCCCUAGCGUCACUGCAAAAGCAAGCGGACUGAAGACUGAGCCGAUGGUGGAGGUGGCAGGAAAAAUUGCUGGAUCCGGUGAUGCAGAGCCCCCGCUUGCGAAAGAGGAGUUGGAGGAUUUGAGUGUGAGGUUUGCUGCUGAGUUACCUGAGGGCAGGUUUGCUCCGUCUGAUGUGCAGGGGUAUUUACUCUUGUACAGGAAGAAACCUAGGGAGGCUGUUGAUAAAGUUGGGGUUUGGAGGGAUGCGAAGCUGGUCGAUAUGGCUGAGAAGGAGAAGAACAAGUCGGCUGGGAAGAAGGUGAAAAGGACUUGA